GGGAGGAAGGCGGGACUUCUGCUUUACACAUGAUGACGUUUCAUCAUGAGGACCAAUCAGAUGACCGGAUUUAAACGAAUAGUGUUUCCCGUUUUUAAACCUCGCACAUGCGCAAUUCAUUUUUAAAAUGGCGGCCGUACAAGGUGGUCUGGUGGAAGAGAAAGACAUAAAAACAGAACCAUCAAACGAUGGCUGCGGAAAUAAUAAUGCAACCGACGGACGGUUGCUCUCUACGUCCCCCGGCUCCAGCGCUCCGGCUGGGGGCAACAAACCGGCGGCGGGAGCCCCGGAGGACCAGCAGACCCUGCUGGCAGUCCUGCAGUUCCUCCGAAAGAACAAACUGACCGAGUCCGUCGAAAUUUUGCGUCGCGAAGCGGGAUUACCGGAGGAUUCACUUGAACUAAAGGCGGGGGAUUCCUCCGGGGCAGGCUCCGGGCAGGCGGCGGACGGAGACGGCGGCGGCGGGGAUGCGAGCUCUCUGCUCAGCCGGGUGACCAGCUCAGCCUCCGCUCCGGUCCCGGCGCCAACUAAAGGUCCAAGCUCUGGAGCUAGAAAUGCUCGUCUCAUUCUGACGUCUUCUUCUUCUUCUGCAGCUGUUGGCGAGGAUCAGCCGGACGUUAACGUGGUUCUGUCGGCCUACAGCCAGCAGGGCGACCCGGCGCUCUACCAGGUUUACUACAACGGCCUGAAGAAGUUCAUAGAAUCGGUUCUGGACUGUCACCGAGCGGAGCUGUCCCAGGUCUUCUACCCGCUGUUUGUGCACAUGUAUUUGGAACUGGUGUACAACAAUCAUGAAAGUGAGGCCAAGGCCUUCUUUGAAAAGUACAGUGGCGAUCAAGAGUGUUACUACGAGGACGACCUGCGUGUUUUGUCCAGCCUGUCCAAGCGGGAGCACAUGAGGGGCAACGAGACCCUGCUGGACUUCCGCACCAGCAAGUUCGUCCUGCGGAUCUCCCGGGACUCUUACCAGCUGCUGAAGAGACACCUGCAGGAGCGCCAGAACAACCAGAUCUGGAACAUCAUCCAGGAGCACCUCUACAUCGACAUCUUCGAUGGCAUGCCGCGCAGCAAGAGCCAGAUUGACGCCAUGUCUGGCAGCCUGGCAGGAGAGGCCAAGAGAGAGGCCAACAAGGCCAAGGUUUACUAUGGACUGCUGAAGGAACCGGAAAUUGAGCUUCCUCUUGAUGACGAGGACGAGGAGGCGGAGAACGAGGAGGGAAAACCAAAGAAGAAGAAACCUAAAAAGGACAGCAUGGGCUCCAAGAGCAAGAAGCAGGAUCCUAAUGCACCUUCACAGACUAGGAUUCCUCUCCCAGAACUAAAGGAUUCAGACAAGCUGGACAAGAUCAUGUACAUGAAGGAGGCCACGAAGAGGAUCCGCCUGGGACCAGAGAACCUGCCCUCCAUCUGCUUCUACACUUUCCUCAAUGCUUACCAGGGUCUGACAGCAGUGGACUUCACAGACGACUCCAGCCUGAUCGCAGGAGGCUUCGCUGACUCCACAGUAAGAGUGUGGAGCGUCACACCCAAGAAGCUCCGCAAGGUCAAGUCUGCAGCAGACUUGAAUCUGAUCGACAAAGAGUCAGACGAUGUGCUGGAGAGGAUCAUGGACGAGAAGACGGCCAGCGAGUCAAAGAUCCUCUACGGACACAGCGGCCCAGUGUACGGCAUCAGCUUCAGCCCCGACAGAAACUACUUGUUGUCCAGUUCAGAAGACGGGACCGUCAGACUGUGGAGUCUCCAAACAUUUACUUGUCUGGUGGCCUACAAAGGCCACAACUACCCAGUGUGGGACACCCACUUUUCCCCACACGGGUACUACUUUAUCUCCGGGGGACAUGACAGAGUCGCCCGUCUGUGGGCGACGGAUCACUACCAGCCUCUCCGAAUGUUUUCUGGUCACCUCGCUGACGUCACUUGCACCCGCUUCCACCCAAACUCCAAUUAUGUGGCCACAGGGUCUUCUGAUCGCACCAUCCGGCUCUGGGACGUCCUGACCGGAAACUGUGUCCGCAUCUUCACCGGUCACAAGGGUCCGAUCCACGCGCUGGCUUUUUCUCCCAAUGGAAAGUUCUUGGCUUCAGGAGCGACUGACAGCAGAGUUCUUCUAUGGGACAUCGGCCACGGGCUGAUGAUCGGAGAGCUGAAAGGCCACACAGAUACUAUCUACUCCCUCCGCUUCAGCAGAGACGGAGAGAUCCUUGCCUCCGGCUCAAUGGACCACACGGCUCGUCUGUGGGACGCCCAGAAAGCAUUUGAUGAUUUGGAGACGGAUGAUUUCACAGCAGCUACAGGACACGUCCAUCUACAAGAUAACUCCCAGGAGCUUCUGUUAGGCACCUACUUAUCAAAAUCCACACCCGUUAUCCACCUUCACUUCACCCGCAGGAACCUGCUGCUGUCCGCUGGGGCCUACAAUCCCUGAGACAUUACUAAAUUAUGAAAAGAUAAAUUAUACAAGCUUGAAAUGCAGCAAACGUCUGAUCUCCAGGCUGCACGAGUAUCUGAAAAGGUGUGUGGCGUAUUUGGAAACAAAACUGUAUUGUCAACAAUCACCUCUGGUCAGAAUCUAUCUGUGAAUGAAGAUAAUUAGGUGAGCAGACUCCCACAAAUCAGGCUGAUCUAUUGCAGAUAACCCCGCGCCAUGCCAAGUGCCAUUGUUGAUUGAGGACUUUUUUUUUCUUCUUUCUUUUUUUAAAUCACUGCCAUGCUUUGUUCAACAUGUGGCUGAUAUCUCUGUAUCAUAGUAUUUUAUACUGGUGGACACUGUAAAUAAAAACAAACAUGUUUUCUA